UAAAAAGAAACGUAAACCAAUAAAAGCAAAAAAUUAUAUAACAAAUCAAAAAGAAAAAAAUACCCCAACUGUUUAAUAAUUAAAAAAUAGAAAGAAAAACCAAAAAUAAAACUUAUAUGUUCCUACAUAUAUUUUAUGCCCAUUUCUUAAUGAAAUGCAAAGAAGAGAAAACGAAAUCGCAAAAAAAAAAAAGAAAUUUACAAGUUUAAUCAUUUUCUGUUCAAUUUGCCUGAAACCGAAUUUAUUUGCCCCAUUCGUUCAACUAUCAUAAAUUUUGCUUAGCACAACAAAAAUUACCUCAUCUUUGUGACUGGGUCCAUGAGCUUGUCCGCGACCGAGCUAGCGAGCGAACGAACGCGUGUGUCUGUGUCUGUGUGAUAUUGCGUUUUUUGUUUUUGUUCUUAAUUUGCCUCUAUGAAAAACAACAUAUGCUGAUAUUGUUUAAUUUUUUUAUGCUUAAAUGUUUUUUUCUUCGGCCAUUUUUGUUUAAUUUCAAGUUUUUUUUUGGCAUAUAAUUUCGUGAAUUUUGUGCGUGUUUUAUUAUAGAAACCAAAAAAAAAACAUAAAGAAACAACGACGUGUAUUGCCAUCGGAAACAUAAAAAUAUUUAUAAUUUUUUUAUCCGUCAACCAGACAUCGAUAAACAUACACUACUAAGGAUUGCUGCUUUUUUCAACGAACGACAGAUGCUUUAAGCAUUUAGAAUUUAUAAAUAUAAUUUCUUCUUCUUUUCUGGAUUAAAACAUACAUAUUUUAAGGAAUUUUUUAUAACGAAUUGUGAGUGCCUUUUAUUACUGUAAGGAGAAAUAGAAUAACGUCUGCCUUAGCAUUUUUCAUCACCACCACUACCACCACCACACCUCCACCACCACCACUACCGCCAAUACCACAACCACUAAAAUCAGCAGCCACAAUCAUCUACAACGAAUCCCUAUCAAAGGAAAACAGAGAACAAAGCAUAAAAAAUCUGCAGCGGAAAAGGACGACGACAAGGCGGAGGAACAGGCUGAAAAAGAAAAAUGUCAACACUAUCGUUACGUAUACAACUGGAAGGUGGUCGAGUAACGAAGACCAUACAAUUCCAUCCCAAUACCACAGUAUUCGAUGCCUGCAAAAUAAUCCGAGAUAAAUUUGCUGAAGCUGUUCAGGGACAACCUAGCGAAUAUGGCCUUUUUAUCUCGGAUGAACAAAAUCAACAGGGUGUAUGGUUGGAAAAUGGCCGUACCUUAGGCUAUUACAUUCUUCACAAUCAGGAUACAUUGGAAUACAGACGCAAAUUGCGUACUCUGCGAGUUCGUAUGUUGGAUGGUGCUGUAAAAACAAUCUUGGUCGAUGACUCCCAGCCAGUCUCGCAACUAAUGGUUGUGAUUUGUACAAAAAUUGGUAUAACCAAUCAUGAGGAAUAUGGUCUGGUACGUGAGGAUACCGAAUCGCAAAAUGAAAAUUUGCCCGAUAACAAAUUUGGCACCUUGACUCUAAGGCGUAAAUUCACUGAAAAAGAUCGUGAUGCCAAAAUGGAGAGUUUACGCAAAAAACUAAAAACUGAUGACAUAAACUGGGUCGAUGUGGGCAAAACCUUGCGUGAACAAGGUAUAGAUGAAUCGGAAACGGUGUUGCUGCGUCGCCGUUUCUUCUUCUCCGAUCAAAACAUUGACUCCAGAGAUCCCGUACAAUUGAACUUAUUGUAUGUACAGGCUCGAGAUACUAUUUUGGAUGGCACACACCCGGUUACACAAGAAAAAGCUUGUGAAUUUGCUGGCAUACAGGUUCACAUACAAUUUGGACCACAUAACGAAGCUAAACAUAAACCUGGAUUUCUAGAUUUAAAGGACUUCUUACCCCAAUCUUAUGUUCGUGUAAAAAACAUCGAAAAGAAAGUCUUUGCCGAACACAAAAAACAUGUUGAUCUCUCGGAAAUUGAUGCCAAGGUCUUGUACACCAAAACCGCUCGUGAAUUGCCUACAUAUGGUGUAACCUUCUUUUUGGUUAAAGAAAAAAUGAGUGGUAAAAACAAGUUAGUUCCACGUUUGUUGGGUGUCACCAAGGACUCAGUAUUACGCUUGGAUGAACGUACCAAAGAAAUUUUGGUUUCUUGGCCCUUGACCACCGUUCGUCGUUGGGGUGCCUCACCCAAUACCUUUACGUUGGAUUUCGGUGAUUAUGCUAAUCAAUAUUAUUCAGUACAAACCACGGAGGCCGAACAAAUUGUCCAAUUGAUUGCCGGCUAUAUUGAUAUCAUCCUUAAGAAGAAACAAACUAAGGAUCAUUUCGGCAUUGAAGGAGACGAGGGAUCAACCAUGGUUGAAGAAUCUGUGGCACCUUCCAAAGCUACGUUUUUGCAACAUGAAACGAAUAAAAUUGGAAAGAUCACUACAGAUUCUUUUGCUCAUCAAGGCAUGAUGAGGGCGGACGACGGCGAAAAAUCAUACACCCAAGGCGAAUUACAAACUGUUCAAUACGGUGCCUUUGUUGGGCAAGUCAAUCAUGCCCAUCAACCUCCCACGUCUAAGGAAGUACGCAUUAGUUCUGUGAAUCUUACUGAACCCCAAAGAGCGUUGCUAGGUUAUAUAUCAGCUGGCCAAGAAGUUUUAUCGCGUGCCGACGAAGAGCUCAGAACAAAGGCUCAAAUUCAAGAAUUGGGCAAUGAUUUACGAUCCAUUGAAUGGCGUGAAAAUACUUUGGAUACCUCGAAACAAGCUGUCACUAGUCAUGUGGCCACCAUGAGCGCUGCCACUGCUCAGAUUAUUACCGCCACACAUACCGAUGAGGUUGAUACCGAGGCUAUUUCUGCUUCUGUGUCCCAAAUAGCCCAGACCAUACCACAAGUGACAAAGGAGGUUCGCUUGAUUGCCGCUCUCAUGGAAGAUGACAGUAGCGGUGACAAACUUUUGGAAGCCGCUCGCAAUUUAUGUAGCGUUUUCAGUGAUCUUUUGAAGGCCGCUGAACCUGAAAGCAAGGAACCACAACAAAAUCUAUUCAAUGCCGCCAGCCGUGUGGGUGAGGCUACUACCUAUGUCUUAAGCACCAUAGCCGAAGAGGAUGUUCCCGAAAAUAGAGAUUUACAAGAUAUGCUCUUGUCUUUGGCAAAGGCUGUUGCCAAUACUACGGCGGCUUUGGUUCUUCGGGCUAAGUCAAUUGCAGCCAGUUGUGAAGAUGUUGAAUCACGUAAUCGUGUCAUAGGAGCAGCCAGUCAGUGUGCUUUGGCCACCAGUCAAUUGGUUGCCUGUGCCAAGGUAGUUGCUCCCACUUUACACAAUGCCGCUUGUCGCGAACAACUGGAAGGGGCGGCACGUAAUGUUGCCAGAGCUGUCAAUAGUCUAUGCGAAGUAUGCCAUGAGACCACCAAUGAUCCCCAAUUGAAGAAUGACUUAUUGGCCGCGGCUCGUGAUGUCUCCAAGAGUCUUAGCGAUAUGUUAGAACACGUCAAAUUAAGUUCAAGAGAAUACGCUAAUCGCAGCAGCCAAGAAAUGAGCCCCGUUGAAAAUGUCAUCAUCAGCACUGACAUUUUGGUAUCUUCGCAUGAUCCCCAGGAAAUGGUGCGCCAUGCCAAAACAUUGGGUCAAGCUACGGCCCAACUUAUUCAGAGCAUUAAGGGUGAGGCGGAUCAACAGCAAGAUGCCGAUGUCCAAAGACGUCUUUUGUCUGCUGCCAAACAAUUGGCCGAUGCCACUGCUAAGCUUGUGGAAGCCGCCCGUUUAUGCGCAGUGCAUCCUCAUGAUACUGACAAUCAAAAUGCCUUAAGGAAAGCCGCCGAAGAGUUGCGGGAAAUAACCACCAGCACUGCCAAUACCCCAGCUAUUAAGCGUAACUUGAUACGUCGCUUGGAAUACUGCUCCAAACAGGCUGCCUCUGCUGCCACUCAAUGCAUAUCUGCGGCCCAAAAUGCCGUCCAGCAUAGCGAUGACCAUCAAACCAAAGAGUCGUUACUGCAAGACUGUAAGCGUGCUGCUGAUACUAUUCCUCGAUUGGUCACCGCUGUCAAAACCACACGCAGCAGUCCAGAUGACUAUAACGCCCAGUUUAAUUUGAUUGAAGCUGCCGAGCAAUUUAUUGAACCCGCUAUCCAGGUUUCGCGUUCUGCCCGUGCUCUACAGCCCACAGUUACCGAUAUCCCGGCUGCAACCCAACUAUCCAAGAGUGCCUUAUAUUUGGGUCAAACCGUCUCUGAAUUGAAUUCAGCAGCUUUGAGAGCCCGUGAAGCUUGUGGCGGCCAAGAGUUGCAGUCCGCCUUGGAAGCUGUUCGUAAUUUGCACAAUGUGCUCGAAGACACCCGCAAUGCUGCGCAAAGUGGUACCAUUCGCCCACUUCCCGGCGAGACAGUAGAGAAUACUGCCCAACAGUUGCGUGUUUCCACCAAGAAUGUUGGUAUUGCUUUAAGCCGUUUGAUUUCAUCCGUGUUGUCGGGACAACGCAUGUAUGCUGGUAUAGCGGGCAGAGAUACAGCUUUGGCUUUAGGUGAUUUCACUAAAAGCGUCCAUGGAGUGGCUGCCACUACCAACAAUGCAGCCGUUAUCGAUUGUGCCGAUGAAGUAGUGUUGAGUUCUGCCCGUCUCAUUGAAGAGGCCCAGAAAACUUUGCAAAAUAUGGGUGAUCACACUGCCUUGACUCAAGCAGGACGUGAGGUUACUGAAGCCUUGUCCAAAACUGUCGACUGUAUUCCUGGCCAACGGGAGGUCGAUCAAGCUUUACGCAAUGUGAGCGAGUUGAGUGAAAUUCUUUCAAUGAGCGAAUUCCCACCAUCCAACCGUAGCUACACAACUUUACAAAGCGAACUGAAGCAGGUGUCAGAAAGCCUAAGUGCAGCUGGUGGUCAAAUCGUCCAGGCUUAUAAUAGUCCCGCCAAAUUGGCCGAAACCAGCAACAAUUUUGCUGCCAAUUACAGAGAUUUGCUCUCGGUGUCAAUGGAAAUGGCUGGACAAAAUCCCGAGGAAGUUGUGCGCUCCGAAAUGAUUGAUUGCCUGCGUAAUGUUUCAACCCAAUCUUGUUCUCUGCUCUCUACGGCCAAAUCAAUUGCCGGCGAUCCUGGCCAACCCAAUGCCAAGAACCUUUUGCAUGCUGCUGCUCGCAGUGUUACCGAAAGCAUUAAUAAAUUGGUCGAUGCCAGCAUACAAUCCGCUCCUGGACAAAAGGAAUGUGAUAAUGCCACUCGCAACAUCGAGGCCUUGAGGGUAAUGUUGGACUAUCCCCACGAGCCUGUUAACGAUCAGGGCUAUUUCGAUUGUGUGGAAGCUGCCACAGGCAAGUCUCGCAAUUUGGGCUAUGCCUUCUCCGAAAUGAUCAACAAUGCGAAACAAUCCAAUCACGCUGAAUUUGCCAAGUCAGUGAAUAGUGUUUCGGAAUCCAUACGCGGUCUGAUAGAAUCAUCGGCUCAGGCCGCCUAUUUAAUCGGCGUCUCCCAUCCCAGCAGCACCGCUGGACGUCCCGGAAUUAUUGACCAGGCCCAGUUGACAUGGGCCUACCAAGGUAUUCGCCAACAUUGCGACGUCGUUAGCAGCCCUCAAUCAACUAAGCAACAGAAGAUUUCUGCCCUGACUGUAAUUGCCAAGCACACCAGCUACUUGUGCUCCAUAUGCCGUCAAGCCAGCAUGAACACCAAUAAUCCUUCGGCCAAAAAUGAAUUUAUUGUAUUGGCCAAACAAGUUGCCACUGCCACUUCCAAUUUGGUACAAGAAAUAAAAGCCAUCGAAGAUGACCCCUCGCAGCCUUCCGGUGCUCGCCUGGUGGAACCUUUGUUAGAAUCCGUAAAGGCUGUGCGUCAAUAUGCCUCUAGUCCUGAUUUUAUAUCGGUUCCAGCUAAAAUUUCCGCCGAGGGAAGAAAGGCCCAAGAUCCUGUAUUGAAUGCUGGUAAAGGCGUAAUAGAUGGUGUAAUUGAAAUGGUACAAGCUGCCAAGUCUUUGGCUCUUUCGCCCAAUGAUCCACCAGUAUGGCAGAAACUAUCCAAUGCCUCGACUCCGGUUUCGGAAUCUGUAAAACGUUUGGUUGAUAAUAUCAGAGAAAAGGCGCCUGGCCAGGCCCAAUGCGAUCAAGUUUUGCAAACUUUGGGCACCUGUAUGCGUGAGUUGGACACUUGUGCCAUGGCUGUAAAUGCCCAGGGCCUUUCCCAAAGACGAGAUAAUAAUUUGCACGGUUUUUCGGGUCAGACGUUAAAUUCUGCUGCCGAACUUUUGGACAAACUGGAACCAAUCCGUUUGGCUGGCAAAAACAAUGCUGAACAAUUGGGUCAUGCUGUGGGAGAAAUUUCACGAUAUGUUGUGCCCAUGGUGAAUGGUGGUAUUGGAGCAUGCACCCACAUUGUCCACAGCAAUCAGCAGAUGAGUUUGAUCAAUCAGACUAAAUCGGUGGUAGAAAGUGCCCAACAAUUGGUACAAGCCGCAAAGGAAUCUGCUGGAAAUCCUCGUGCCACACAUGCCCAUCCCAAAUUAGACGAAGCCAUAGAAAAUACAAGAGAAGCUAUACAAGAAUUAACCCAAACUGUGGAGAAAAUCAAUGCAGAGACCGGAGUUGUGACUGGCCUCAUGGAGCAGGUGAACCGUGCCAUAACCCGUCUCACCGAUAAACGUCAAUCGUUGUUGAAUGCCUCAUAUUCGGAUUCAUUUGUGGAUUACCAAACACGCAUGGUACAAACAGCCAAGGAAAUUGCCCGCCUGGCCAAUGAGACAAAUGCCAAAUCCGCCAUUGAACCCCAGCUUAUGCCACAAAUGGCCAUGGAAAUGGCCAAACAAUAUACGCAACUAACUCAGGAUUCGGUGGGGGCUUCAACCACCACUACUUCACCCGAUGUUGCAAUGCGUAUACGCACCACUGUCAUUGAUUUGGGACGCUCUGUGGGCUCUAUGAUUAAAUCGAGUGCUGGUGGCGCUCGUCCAGGUGAUGCCGUGCAUCAAAAUGAGAUUGCCCGCAAUGCGCGUGAGGUGUGCGAAAAGGUUGCCCAAAUAUUGGCUGCCUUGCAAGCUGGUUCUCGUGGCACACAGGCAUGCAUCAAUGCUGCUCACACAAUUUCGGGCAUUAUUGGCGAUUUGGAUACCACAAUUAUGUUUGCCACAGCUGGUACUUUGCAUUCGGAUCGUGAUAGUAGUUUUGCCGAUCACCGCGAGCAUAUAUUGCAAACGGCCAAAGCUUUGGUAGAGGAUACCAAGGUGCUGGUGACAGGAGCUGCGGGAACACAAGAUCAAUUGGCCAAUGCAGCACAGAACGCUGUAACAACGAUAGUGCAAUUGGCGGAAGCUGUUAAAUUGGGUGCCUGUUCUUUGGGCUCAUCCCAACCCGAUUCCCAGGUUAUGGUUAUCAAUGCCGUUAAGGAUGUAGCCUCGGCUUUGGGCGAUCUUAUUAAUGCUACCAAGUUGGCCUCUGGCAAACCCAUAAACGAUCCCUCCAUGCAAGAUUUGAAAGAAAGCGCUAGGACGCUUAAAGAAUUGUGCAAAAAAACUGCAGCUAUCGAAACUAACCACAUAAGUCAGCAAUCAUCAGACAAUGGAUAUUGAGCGCUGUUUCUCAUCUUCUGUCCUAUUUUAUAUAUUUCUCCUUUCUCCAUUUGUAUGGUCUAUAUAUAUAUGUUUGUGUGUUUUCCAGCGCCAUUGUUAUCGAGCAUUUAAUAGUGUUAUAUAUGAGAAAAUAUUAAAAAAAAAAUUCUUAAAAAUUUUAGAUGUGUCAAGUGGGGGUGUAGUUGAUUUUAGAGCGUUAUGGCAGUAAAUGUUUUAAAUUCAAAUCUUAAAAUCGUACAUCGUGAGGUUAACGGGCAAGCACCUAAACCAAAGCUUAAGCACAGCUGCAAGGAGCUAGUUUUAUAGCCAAAUCCCCAUCUUUUAUCGUUCCCUUAUUCAUCCAAAUCGUUUUUCGUUUAACUGGCUUUGAUAUAUGUACAUUAGCCCACAAAACUCGUUCGUCAAAUUUAUGCAGCAUUUGUGUUAAUAUUUUUCUUACAAAAACACAUCCCAAAAAACUAAAACUAGAAAACAACUAUUGAGCGAUUAAAUUGAAAAUAAUACCAAACUAAUAGGAAUGGCGGUUGUUUAUUUUCAUACUUUUUAUCUGAAAGGUAGCUGCCAGAAAAAUUUAAUUGUGCUUAUUGAACACAGCCCAAUUAUGGUCAAACAAAACAAAUCAAGAUGUUAGAUGCGAACUAUUGUAUAAAAUAUACAAAUUGCAAGGUAGUUUAGAUUUAAGUGACAGUCUGCCAUCAGACUCACUUAGACGUUUUCAUCCAUUGUGAUACCACAGGAACAGAAGAAGGAAGAUGCCUUCUAGUUUCUACCGUUGAACCAUCCAGAUCGCUUUAAAAAACCCAGUAACUUGUGAAUGUUCACAUCCGCUAAAUCAGACAGGUUCUCUAAGAAAUGACAACCUAAAGUGGAACUCCUUCUAACUGCAAGUGCGGUUAGAAGGAGUUCUUCUUCGUCGAUGUCACUACAGCUUCUGCAAAUCUCGUUGCUGGCAACCUUCAGUCUGUCAGCAUGUUUUCCGAUUAGACAGUGACCUGUCAUGACUAAUACAAUGAUUGAGACGUCGGUUCUAGCCAAUGACAGCAAAGGAGUAGAACUCUUCAAGUCUAGAUGAGGCCACAUAGUUUUGAAAUGCUCAAAGCCCCCUCUUUGUGACCAUCUAUCAUUCGGGCCUGGUCCUGAAAACUUAGCUUACAUGUCGCUAGAGGCAUACCAACAGAUUCCAGUGUCCCUGUGUCCAAUUGCAAUUGUAAUGUUUACAAUAACAAUGGGAUAUCUCUGUGGCCCGACACCUAGAACAGAUGAAUUUUGAACUAUUCAGCCAUCUCGUUGAGAGAUCUGCGACAGUCGAGGGCGAGAAGAUAUUUAUGCCAAUCGUCGUAAUGACAUUAUAUCUUAGCCAUUCCACCACUUCCUUAAUUGCAAGGAUCUCCGCUUGAUACACACGGCAGUGAUCGGGUAACCUCUUCGAUAUGAGCAGUUCUAGAUCUUUAGAGUACACCCCAAAGCCCUUUUGGUCGUUUAGUUUGGAACCAUCCGAAUAGAAGUCUAUGUAACUUCUGCUACCAGGGAUAUCGUAGUUCCAAUCGGUUCUAAGAGGGAUAGUGUUACAGUAUCCACACUGCUUGGAACAUCGGAUAUUGUUUCAAGUAUAACACAUGGUCCGUGGGCGCCACAUGACCAAUGAGAAAGCUCCCUUAACCUCACGGCAGUGAUCGCUGCAAUUUGGGUAGCCACAAUGUCAUAAGAUGUAGCAUUAAAUUCAGUGCAUCAGAUGGUGUCAUCCUCAGUGCGGCUGUGAUGCACAAACAAGCCAUCCUUUGGAUCCGGUUAAAUAUUGAGCAAUAGGUGGAUUUUGAAGCACCGUCCACCAGACCACAACACCAUAUAGCAUAAUAGGUCUGACAACUGCAGUAUAUACCCAAUGCAUGACACGCGGUCUAAAUCCCCCACUUUUGCCAAUGGCUCUCUUGCAGGUGUAUAGGGCAAGAUUGGUCUUUCUUGCCCUUUCCAAAAUGUUGGAUUUAAAUUUCCUGUCCAGCAAAACACCCAUGUAGUUUGCCCGUUCUGUAAAUGGAACGUUCUCUCCACCCAAGGAGACAGUUUCCACUGUAGGCAACUUGUAUCUCCUGCUGAAAAGAACUACGUCUGUCUUGCACGGAUUUAUACCCAGACCACUGUCGGUAGCCCACUUUGCUGUUGCACGUUAAGCUUCCUGAAGUAUAUCUCUUGCAAGGUAUAUUACAAGAGAAAAUAAACGACAAACAAUUAUUCCUCAUAUAUGUUGUUGGAAGUUUCUAAAUAAAUCUCAAAAUUCGUUCAUAAGUGUGAAGAACCUUGUACAUGUAAACUCAUAUGCUAACUAAACACAUCUCUGAGAAAUAAGACUUACGGAACACAUCCACAUAACUAAGAAUCAUUCAAUAUUGAAAUUUUUUAUAAAAAAAAAAAUUUUGACUGCUAAAAAGAAUUUUUAACACCACUAUGAGAAAAUAGAUGCAUACAAUUAAAAGGAUUAGAAAUUGAAAAAAUAUUUUAUUUUUAAAAGAAUCUCACACAACAGACUACAGUUCCAGGAUGGUUUGGCUCUCGUAGCAAGGGAUUCAUAUUAACACAACUAUGAGAAAUUAGACUUACUUGGAUAAAAUGUUAGAAAUUGAAAAAUAUUUUCAUUUUAUUGUAGCGCAGAGUCAAUUAUAAAGGGAAUGGGCUAAGGCACCUGAUAUUCCGAAGGUGGUAUUUUUCAGGUGACAGUAUUUUAGUACGAUAGAUUUCUCUAAAAAUGCAUUUGUAAUUAAAACAUAAACGCCAUAACGUCUAGAACCAGUGACAUAUAUCCUCAACUUUAUAUGAAUUGAAAAUAGUCUUGUUCCAGCCGAUGUGUAUAAGCGUAGUCUAUAGCAAAUACAUAUAUAUUGUUAUGCUUAUCAUAUGUAUUUUGUGUCAAUGUUUAGACUAGUCAUCAUACUAUAUAAAUUUAAAUAUUUCAAAUUUGAAAAAAAAACAGUAAAU